AUGACUGGAGAUGAAUUAUCAAGUGAUGUCGAUGUAGGUGAUGACGAUGUUCACAUUUCAUCAUUGAAUAAUGGUGGUAUUGGUGAAAGUCUUCAGAGAGAUCCAUUAAAUAGAGCAGAACAGAUAUCUUAUAGUACUGCAAUCGAUAUAAAGUCAAUUCUAUUGUCUUACCUUACUAAUAUUGGUGUAUCAGUAACAACUUUGAAUAGUUUAAAUGUUGAACUAACCUCUUUAGUAGAUCAACAAUUCGAUACGAAAACUAGUCAAUCAGCAACAACAACAACAACAAACAACAACUCGACAACUACUACUAAUACUAAUAGUAAUAUUGUUAAUACUACGACAGCAACAACUACUAAUACAGCAACUGCUACUGCUACUGCCUCGGAAUCAAGUAUCAAUAAUAACACUAAAAAUGAUGAAAAGUUUGAUGGAUCUACAUUAGAAUUACUUGCAAAACUAAAGAGUAUCUAUAGUGAAUAUUCACAAUCGAGAUUUAAAGGAAGAAAACGAUUUUUGAAAGCAAAGAAAGAAAGCUAUACCUAUACACAUAGCACUGUAGUCGACCAACAGUUGGAAUCUUCUAAUGCGGUGCAGAUCACAGCCAAUAGAGAUGCACUGAAGAAACGUAUCGAUACAUUUGUCAGUAAGAAGAGACUAGAGAAUUCCGAUUUUAAUACGUGUGAAUUUAGAAGUGAUGAUCAUGCCGACAUUAAUGACUCUGCAAGAACCUACCCCUUUCCACCGUCAAAGAUCAAAGAAACCAGGACAACCAACGAAGAAGGUCCACUUGUAAUAAGCGAGCAAGAACGUGAACAAAUGAAAUACAAACCGUUCAUCGAUGAACGUUUAAAUAUUCUAGAGAAUCACAUUGGUAUUGAUAUUAAUCAACGCUUGCAAUUAUAA